GUUCCAAUUCUACUUGAACUUAUUAGCUUUUCCAAUAAUCUCUUGGAAUAAGUACUACUCAGUUUUGGUUCAGUUGGAUGGCGGCACGUUGGCAAGGCAAGCCUGCCGGGCCGAUAAGCUCGUUAAUCGCAGCAGUGAUGGUGGCUUAUCUAAUCCUGUUUCCUUCCGAUAGUUAGCCCCGCCAACCAUAAUUCUGGGUAUCCAACCGAGGACGCGAGGCAAAAAAAAAGUUUCGAAAGUGGGUUAUUUUUUUUGCCCUCCAAAAUUUUACCGCUCCCACUUACAAAGGCUGGAAGCGGAUAUAUAACACCCUCGACUCUACCUUUUUCCCCUUUCAAUUAACCACCCGCCUUUAAAACCUACAUACCCAACACCUUUUACUCCCUCCCCUGUCAAAAUGUCUGACGAGGUUUACGAAGGCGCCAUUGGUAUUGACCUUGGCACAACUUACUCUUGUGUUGCCAACUAUGAGGGCACAAAUGUGGAAAUCAUUGCCAAUGAACAGGGUAGCUACACAACUCCCUCUUUCGUGUCUUUCACCGAUAAGGAGCGUUUGAUUGGCGAGGCGGCGAAGAAUCAGGCGGCCAUGAACCCCCAGAACACCAUCUUCGAUAUCAAACGUCUCAUUGGCCGACGCUAUGAGGACCCUAUCGUCAAGAAGGACGUUGAGUCUUGGCCCUUCAAGGUUGUUGACCAGGGUGGAAACCCUGUUGUGGAAGUCGAGUACCUCGAAGAGACCAAGACUUUCACUCCCCAAGAAAUCUCAUCCAUGGUUCUGAUGAAGAUGAAAGAAGUCGCUGAGACUAAACUCGGGAAAAAGGUUGAGAAGGCUGUCAUUACCGUCCCAGCCUACUUCAACGACAACCAGCGUCAGGCUACUAAGGAUGCUGGUGCCAUCUCUGGUCUCAAUGUUCUCCGUAUCAUCAACGAACCUACCGCCGCUGCUAUUGCCUAUGGUCUGGGCUCUGGAAAGUCUGAGAAGGAGCGUAAUGUUCUGAUUUACGAUCUUGGCGGUGGUACCUUCGAUGUCAGCUUGCUGAACAUCCAAGGUGGAGUUUUCACGGUCAAGGCGACUGCUGGUGAUACCCACCUUGGUGGUCAGGACUUUGACACGAACCUUCUUGAGCACUUCAAGAAGGAAUUCCAGAAGAAGACUGGCAAGGACCUUUCUGGUGAUGCAAGGGCUCUGCGUCGUCUAAGAACCGCCUGUGAGCGUGCCAAGCGCACUCUCUCCAACGCGACUCAGACCACUGUCGAAAUUGACUCAUUAUUCGAUGGUGAGGAUUUCAACACCUCUAUCACUCGUGCUCGCUUUGAGGAUCUCAAUGCCAAGUCAUUCUCUGGCACUCUUGAGCCAGUUCAGCAGGUCCUGAAGGAUUCUGGUCUCGGAAAGGAACAAGUUGAUGAGAUUGUGCUCGUUGGUGGUUCUACCCGUAUUCCUCGCAUCCAGAAGCUGCUGAGCGACUUCUUCGGCGGUAAGAAGCUAGAGAAGAGUAUCAACCCCGAUGAGGCUGUUGCUUAUGGUGCUGCCGUUCAGGCUGGUAUUCUUUCUGGAAAGGCUACUUCCGCUGAAACCCAGGAUCUUCUCCUCCUGGAUGUUGUUCCUCUUUCUCUUGGUGUUGCUAUGGAGGGCAACAUCUUCGCUCCCGUGGUUUCCCGUGGUCAGACUGUCCCCACCAUCAAAAAGCGUACUUUCACCACUGUGGUGGAUAACCAGACCACUGUGCAGUUCCCUGUGUUCCAAGGUGAGCGUACUAACUGCGCCGACAACACCUCUCUGGGCGAGUUCACCUUGGCUCCCAUUCCGCCUAUGAGAGCUGGAGAAGCUGCUCUGGAGUGUGUUUUUGAGGUCGACGUCAACGGUAUCCUCAAGGUCACUGCCACAGAGAAGUCCUCCGGCCGCAGUGCAAACAUUACUAUCUCUAACGCUGUCGGCAAACUUUCUACCACUGAGAUUGAGCAGAUGAUUGACGAUGCUGCCAAGUUUAAGACUAGCGAUGAGGCCUUCACCAAGCGAUUCGAAUCCCGGCAACAGCUCGAGUCGUACAUCUCCCGCGUUGAGGAGAUCGUCUCUGACCCCACCAUGUCGAUGAAGCUUAAGCGUGGUAACAGAGAGAAGAUCGAGUCCGCACUCAGCGAUGCUAUGGCACAGCUUGAGGUCGAGGAUUCGACCCCAGACGACCUGAAGAAGAAGGAGUUGGCUCUCAAGAGACUCAUUACCAAGGCUAUGGCUACGCGGUAAAGGUCGAAUUUAUGGCGGCAUGACUUGAUACUUGCGAGUUGGACAUAGUAAGAAUUCCGGGCUGGAAUUACUUGGCAUGGGUUGGGGGAAUGAUCGUUAUCAAAAGUAUCUUCUAGAUUUUAUACAUGAGGGUAGCUUGGAGCUUUAAUGAUUACGACGAGUCUGUCAAUAAAAUGAAAAUAUAUGUAGACUCUUUGCAACUGCAUCUUCUAAGAUAUCCAAAAUAUUGUAGCUAGCUAUACGGGAGGGAGUCUUGA